GCUGCACUCGUUGCCCGGCGCCUUGAGAUCCGGCGCUCUAGCCCGCGGCUGGGAUCUGGACUCCUUCGGCUUUCCGCCUACGUCGGGCCGAGCAAGGUUCCCUACCUAGCACUCCAAACAAACUCUUGCUGUCAGAGGAGCCAGCUCUUCCCCAGCUCGCAUCCGCCAUGGAGCUGACCCGCCCCUGCUCCAACUUUCAAUCAGACUUGGAUUUCUGCCCAGAUUGUGGCUCAGUCCUGCCGCUGCCUGGAACUCAGGAUACUGUCAUAUGCCCCCGCUGUGGCUUCUCCAUCGAUGUGCGAGAUUUUGAAGGGAAGUUUGUGAAGACUUCAGUAGUGUUCAACAAGCUGGGGGCUACCAUACCUAUGUCUGUGGAUGAGGGACCUGAAUCCCAGGGACCAGUGGUUGACAGGCGCUGCCCUCGAUGUGGUCACGAGGGAAUGGCAUAUCACACCAGACAGAUGCGCUCAGCUGAUGAAGGACAGACUGUCUUCUAUACCUGUAUCAACUGCAAGUUUCAGGAAAAGGAAGAUUCUUGACCCUUUUCUCUGGAAACUCAGCAACAAUACUUUCCUCCUCUUGGAAGUGAAGAUACUGGUCUUUGAUGCCUUCUUGGUCCCCUCUGGUUGUUCUCAGAAUCAGAUCGUCGACCCAGAAUACUCCUUUCCCUUGUUGAGUUUACUAAAGUUAUUUUUCUAUGAA